CUUUUUCCUACCCUUUUUUCCCAAUCAUUUCAUUUUCAUCUGAUACAAGCAAGCUUCGAAAUCGUUUCUUUUACUUGGAAAGUUUCUGUUAGUUAUACAAGAUCUUACCGAUGGCAAGCCACGAAGACGAUCUGGGCCUCCUUCUCUCUCUCCAAGACAGGGUUUUAGAAACGCCUCCAGCUUCCCCUUCAAGUCCCCACUCCCAUUCUCCUGGCUACCUAUCAGACGAUGGAUCCCCAAGGCAAAGAGGGAAAACAGACUUAUCUGUCUUUAAGAAUGUUGUUGAACAUUACCUUGAUUAUGAACCCAAGCAAGUUGAUAAACCUGUCAAGUCAAAGUCAAAUAGCUCAAAUGAUCUUCAAGUUGAGAAGUUUUCAGGUUUGCGUAUAAGCUUAAGUUUUUCUUCUGUUUUAAGGAAUCAAUUGGUCAGCCCUGCAGAGUUAAGUGAGCGCUUGUCUGAUAUUCGUUUCAUUCGGCUAACGGCUAUAAAGAAUUUGUUGGUGGGAGACACUCUUUAUGGAUGUUGGGCAACUGUGGGAGUGUUGACGGAAAAGGGUAAUCCAAAGACUAGUUCAAUUGGGCAGAACUAUAGCAUAUGGAAAAUUGGGUGUUUAGAUGAAAAUGCUGUUUCUCUUUUCUUGUUUGGUGACGCUUAUAGCCAGUACUGCAAGGAGCAGGCUGGAACAGUUUUUGCAUUGUUCAGUUGCUCAGUACGCAAAGAUGCCAAGGGAUCAGGGUUUUCCUUGAGUGUAGGUGCACCUAACCAAAUUCUAAAGAUUGGUACUUCAGCUGACUAUGGAGUUUGCAAGGGAAAAAGAAAAGAUGGAAUGGCUUGCACACUAGUCAUAAAUAAACGUCAAGGUGUGUACUGCCAAUAUCACAAAUCGAAAGCAUCAGAAAGAUUUUCCACAAAGCGAACUGAGCUAAUGGGAGGGAACUUGAGAACAGCAUUUAGAAAUCCUCUUAGAUCAGAAGGAAUAUAUAUGGUUGAUCCUCUAACUGAUAGGACAAACUUGAAAAAGCCCACGCAGCCAGUUAAAAUAUUGUCGGUGGAUGGACUUAAAAAGGCAUUAAGAAAUGGAGAUAAGGUGACAACAAAUAGACACUCCCAAGGGAUAAGAUUUCUUAAUGCAGUUACAGAGAAAAUGUCUUCAAAAUUUGCAAAUGGAGCAUCUGGAAUGUCUGCUCAACAAAUGAUUGGCUCAGAGAAGAGGAAACUGUCUACUGUAGAACAAGAUACAUCUCUACUACAAAGAAACAAACCACUGGAUCCAAAAAGAAAGAAAAUAGAGCAGGAGCAAGCUUGGUGGGAAGACAAAUGGAAGUAGGGCACUGGAAAAAUAAUUGAACUAGAUAUUGUGAAUUCAGAUCAAGAGGCUUGAGUAUUCCAUGGCAGUAUUCUGCGCUAGGGUGCAUUGAUGUAAAAAAACCUUGGGCCCGGGUAUACCAUAUCUGCAUAGUAAGUUGCAAAGUUGGCUAUACAGGGAUGUAAACAAUUGAGUUUCCAAUUCUUGUUUUCUGAGUUCAACAACCACUCUUUAACCUAUAGUUUUGAAGCUGAGGGUAUCUACUCUAGACACAGCCAUUAGUUAAGUUAAUGUUUGUUCUAGUA